AUGCCUUUAGCUACUUUUAAUGUCUGUCACUCCCAUAUAAUUAUCAGCUUCGAGUGGGUCUUCGGUAUCAUACAGGCGGGGCAUCUUAGUGGCCAUCGGUUUCACGCCGACAAUGCUGUUUGCCACCCGACUCAAUCGUUACUUCUGACAACUUCGCACCAUCUACACAACCGAACUCACUCAAUUCUGCCUGCCGACUCGAUGUCAUCGACAACCCUAGACCCAGAAGAUGUGGAUGAGGAGGCCGGAGAGCUGAUACUUUGGCGUGUGGAACCUGUCGGCCCACUUUCUGUGGCCCGGACAGCUGUUCCUUGGCCUCCUUCAGCCUCGCGAGGCCAUCAAGGUAUCUCUUUUAUACUUUUUCUCAUACAAAAUCUGUUUUAA